CACGCCACCACCAACUUCUUCCCCUGUCGUCCACUUCCGCAGUCGCACGCAAAAGGCACAGCGCGGCGGCACACGCCAUGGGCACCCUCGUCGGGCACGUCGCGCCGGGCGCCGGCUUCCUCCUCAUCGGCCUGUGGCAGCUGUUCAGCCACACCCGCCUGUUCCUGCUGCGGCCGAGCUCGUACUCUGCCCCGGUCUGGUUCCCGGUGCCGGGCGUGCGGCACCUGGAGCUCAUACUCAUAAUCAUCGGCACGGUGCUGUCCAUCCUGAUGGAGCUUGUCAUCGGCCCCGCGAAGCACCAGCCGUUCGACGACGACGGCACCAUCCCGUCCGACCACCUCCACAACUUCGAGCACGCGUCCAUCUCGCUGGCGCUGCUCGUCUUCGCGGCGGUGACCAUCCACCUGGACAGGGCGAGGGCGCCCAUGCGGGACGCCGUGUCGCAGCUCGUGGCCGCCGCGGCGUUCGCGCAGCAGCUGCUCAUCUUCCACCUCCACUCGGCGGACCACAUGGGCGUGGAGGGGCAGUUCCACUGGCUGCUGCAGACGGCCAUCGCCGUCACGCUCGCGACCACGCUGCUGGGUAUCCCCUACCCGCGGAGCUUCGCGGUGAGCCUGGUCCGGUCCGCCAGCCUCGUGUUCCAGGGCGUCUGGUUCGUCGUCAUGGGCGUCAUGCUGUGGACGCCGGCGCUCAUACCCAAGGGCUGCUUCCUCAACUUCGAGGAAGGGCACGACGUCGUCCGGUGCCGCACUGACGACGCGCUCGACCGCGCCAAGUCGCUCGUCAACCUCCAGUUCAGCUGGUACCUCACCGGCACGGUGGUGUUCGUCGUCCUGUUCUACCUCCAGAUGGCGAAGCUCUACCCCGAGGAGCCGCAGUACCUGCCGCUGGUGAAGGGAGGCGGCAGCGGCAGCGAUGGCCGGUUCAGCAUCGGAGAUGAUGAUCACGACGAUGAGGACGACGUCGAGGCCGCAAAACGUGGCGGUUUCGGACACGUGGUUAGCGGCACGAGGCCUGUCGAAAUCGAGAGGUGAGGGUCGUGCGUAGCACCGUACAAAAGGUUAGCAUGUUGUUGCGUGGUUAUAGUGUAAUUUGACUUGAACGUUUUUGUUUAUUGGUGAAAUUAAAACAUGCAAAUAUUCUCUAGGGAGGUUGUAAUGUUUAUAGUUUGUGACACAGUGACACUUGUGGAUUAAAAGAAUCCUAUAUUUAUCCU